AAAUCCAGAUUUAACUAAGCCAUCAAAAGUUGCAAAUUCUACCAAAAAGAAUGUGAAAAGAAGUGACAUACAAAUUGAUACCUAAAAAGAAAAAUAAAUAUCGAUCUUGAGAAUUUUCCCUUCCAUUUUCAUCUCAAGAAAGAUUUGAAAAACCUGUAUUUGGGUAUCCAUAACUUCUCACUAAAAUAGUAAAAUCUGUCUCCUUUAUCCCCAAUUUUGUUUAAGCUAGUAGAGACGAAACCAAAGCUCCAAAUCACAAAUACUCUCAUUUUCGUUAUACAUGAAUCAAUCUAAGACAUAAAUCAAGUUCGUUUUUUAGUAAAUGUUCAUCGGGAUUUGUAAAUAUGGAGCAAAAACAGCAGCACAAGAUGCAUACGAUGAAGAAAAAAGUGCUGGGGUUCAAGAUAGCUUCGAAUCGAAGCCGUUUAGCAUUUGGGAUUCUUCUCGCAUUCUUCAUUCUCAUGAAUUUCUGGAUGCUUUCUCGGAUCCAAGAUUCGGGUCCUGUUAAAGGUCUCAAAUUGCGGUUCUUGAAAUCGAACUCCUCCACAGUCUCGCUUCCGGAAGAACUGAGAAAGAUUAGUAAAGGAAAGAAGCCACAUAAAACCGCUUAUGCAAGGCUGUUGUAUAAAGCUGCUCAUGCAUUAGCAGAAAAUCAAUACAAAUCUAUCGAGCCCAAAGAUUUAUGGUUGGAACCCUAUCACGCUGUUGCUGCAUCAUGGCAACCUUGUUCUGAUCAACGUGUUUGGAAACCAAGUGAGGGAAACAAUGGUUACAUAAUGGUUACUGCAAAUGGUGGCAUAAAUCAGCAACGUGUAGCUGUCUGCAAUAUUGUUGCAGUUGCAAGAUUACUUAAUGCAACUCUAGUUAUCCCAAGCUUUAUGUUCAGUAGCGUUUGGAGAGAUAUUAGUCAAUUUGGAGAUAUCUAUCAGGAGGACUAUUUUAUCGACUACAUGAAACCUGAUAUUCGUAUAGUGAAGGAAUUGCCAAAACAGUUAAAGUCAUUGGAUCUUGAAGCCAUUGGUAGUGUGGUGACGGAUGUUGAUAUUGCAAAAGAGGCAAAACCCAGUUUUUAUUUGAAAUAUAUUCUUCCACUUUUAAUGAAGAAUCGAGUCGUUCACUUUGUGGGAUUUGGGAAUCGAUUGGCGUCUGAUCCAAUACCAUAUCACUUGCAGAGACUCCGAUGUAGAUGUAAUUUUCAUGCGCUUCAGUUUACUCCAAAAAUUCAAGCAACAGCUGCUUUGCUCAUUCAAAGAAUGCGUCAAAAUGCGUCGCAUUCGGGAUUAUUGGAUGAAAAUCUAGUAGGGUCGUUUGCAAAAUCAAAGGGAAAAAUUAAAAAAGAUUUUCGAUACUUGGGUCUACAUCUGAGGUUUGAAAUCGACAUGGUGGCUCAUUCUUUAUGUGAUUUUGGUGGGGGUGAAGAAGAAAGGAAGGAGCUUGAAGCAUAUCGUGAAAUCCAUUUUCCCGGAUUAACGGAGCUCAAGAACACCACCAAGUCACCCUCUCCGGAAAGACUUAAAGCAGAUGGUUUAUGUCCAUUAAUGCCGGAAGAAACCGUGCUUAUGCUUGCUGGGCUUGGUUUCAAGCGCGAAACACGAAUCUUUCUAGCAGGUGCACAGAUUUAUGGAGGAAAAUCGAGAUUAAAAGCUUUAACCACUCUGUUUCCUAAUAUGGUCACUAAAGAAAACCUGCUUUCAUCAUCGGAAAUCCAACCAUUCUUGAACUUCUCGUCUCAGCUAGCGGCGCUAGAUUUUAUAACGUGUACAGCAUCCGAUGUAUUCGCCAUGACCGAUUCAGGAAGUCAGCUAUCAUCUUUGGUAUCGGGUUACAGAGUAUACUACGGUGGCGGGAAAAUGCCGACGAUUCGACCAAAUAAACGCAGACUUGCAGACAUAUUUUUGAAGAACAAUACGAUCGAGUGGAAGAUGUUCGAGACCCGAAUUAGAAAAGCGGUUAGACAAAACAAACGGGUCUUCGCCCGACCCGUGGGAAGGAGUGUAUAUAGAUACCCUCGUUGCAGUGAAUGUAUGUGCAAUACACAAGAAGCUACUUUACAUAUUCGCCCUCGAUAAUUGUUGUAAUCAUUUCUUUCUCUCUCAUUCGUUUAUUACAUUAAUCUUUCACCAUUUGUAUGUUAUAUGAUGAGAUAGGUUCUAAUCAUUGAGAUACAAUGAAUGUAAAAGUAAUAUUUUUAUAUAAAGAUAACAAACACCUUUAUUCUUACAUAAUCAA